CUGAUGGAGAACGUCACCUACAACAGCUUCACCCUGCAGCUGGAGGGGUUAAACGUCUCAAAGAAUUCAACGUACGCUGUGUUUUUCUUGCUCUUGUUCUCCUACCUGGUUAUAAUGGUUUGCAAUGUGGGCAUCGCUGUUCUGAUUUUCAUUGAUAAGAGCCUCCACCAGCCCAUGUACCUGCUGUUCUGCAACCUGCCGCUGAGUGACGUCAUCGGUAAUUCAAUCAUGGUGCCGCGUUUGCUGAUCGACAUGCUGAAGCCUCCGCCCGAGCGCCUCAUCAGUUAUUACGAGUGUGUGGUCCAAGCCUUCACCACACACAUGUUUGGGACCACUGCUCACACUGUGCUCAUGAUCAUGGCGUUUGACAGAUACGUGGCCAUCUGUAACCCCCUGCGCUACGCCGCCAUAAUGACCAACAGGAUGGUGAUGAAGCUGACGGUGUCUGCCUGGGGAGUGGCUUUGGUUUUGGUGGGGAUUCUGCUGGGUCUGACCAUACGGCUGAACCGAUGCAGGACUCUGAUCACAAACCCUUACUGUGACAACGCCUCUUUAUUCAAACUCUCCUGUGAGAGCGUGUUCAUCAAUAACGUCUACGGCCUCACCUUCACUGUCGUCCUGCUCUCGUCCUCCAUCGGCACCAUGGUUCUCACCUACACUAAGAUCACAGUUGUCUGUCUGAUGAGUAAGAACAAGUCUCUGAACAGUAAAGCUUUAAAGACCUGCAGCACUCAUCUCUUUGUUUAUCUGAUCAUGUUCUUCUCUGGAAUGGUCUGUAUCAUCCUGCACCGCUUCCCUCAUCACUCAGACUACAGAAAACUUGCUGCCAUUUUGUUCCACAUCAUCCCCGGAGGCCUUAACCCAAUGAUCUACGGCGUGCAGUCCAAAGAGAUACGAAAAUUCCUGUCACAGCUGUUUCAGUCCAAAAAGGUUUUACCAUCAUUUUAACAUAAACACAAAUAACUUUCAAAAUACAUGAAUUAUUUAUCUGCUUGUCUGUUUGUUCUGAAGCUUCUUCUUUCUCCUCAUUUUGAAUAAUGAAAUUGACACGUAUAGUUCAAGUCUGAAGUAAUAUGUUUAAAUAGCUUCCUUUAUAAUAAUAAUUAUUUAUUCAUAAAGCACUUUUAAAACAAAGUUACAAAGCAUGUCAUGCACACAAACACACAAACACACAUACAUGUACAUUAGGGGUGUAACGGUUGACAAAGGUCACAGUUCAGUUGGACGUACGUUUUUAAUGCAGCAAAAAAGUAGAGAUGCCAGAGAAAGUUCUUUGACUUUUCAAAAUCUAAAUGUCUGAAAACCAACAUAUUUGACCUUUUGCUAAGCCCCGCCCCUUUGUGAUGGUCCAACAAGCUGUCGGAAUGAGCAUGGAGCCCACAUUCACUAACUGCACUCCCUGAACACAUAUUAUCAUACAUGUAAAAAAAAUUAAAUACUGAUUCCAGAGAGCAGCAGACAGAGGGGUCCAGUCUCACUCCAAAGAUGUUGAAAUUUGGUGCUUGGGCAGUGACUUCCGUCAGAAACCAACGAAAAAAAGGCGUCCUGUAACGUUGGCAUGAUACGUGGCUGGUUCCUUUAUAGUUUAACAGCGCCCAGCUGCGUCAGGGGGAAACACAGCAGGACAAGACGAAAGUUAAGGCGGCGAAAGUCCAAGAAGGGCAGGUGGGAGGGUCCAACAAACUACUACGACUUUCACCUGAGACAGCGGUGUUCACAUCCCGUAAGAUUCUAAAGCCAAACUUUUUGUCCCAAACCCAACCAUGUGUGUGUUGUUGAAGUCAAUUUGCUGUGUUGUACUGACGUAGUGCUUUUAUUUUGAAAGAGACUGUAUGCAAACUGUACAAUUCCUGUGAAAACAGAAGUGUAUUUUGAAAACAGACAAUGCAUGUAACAGGCUGAAGUUGACACGGCGUCC